AUGAUUGAUUUAGAAAAAGUUAAUCUUAGAAAUAAGGAAAGAAAUGAGAAUUUUGAAAAUUAUAAUGAGUCUCCUGAAAUAAAAUAUCUUUAUCGAGAUUCAGAUAAUUAUAUUCAGGAGAUAUCUGAAUUAUAUACAUAUAGUGAAGAAAGUGAAUAUAAAAAGAAUAAAGAAUAUUUUUAUGAAUACUUUGGAAACAAAAAAUGGCUUACAUCAAAAUUGCUUGAAAAAGAUCAAUUUUUACACUUUAUUUUAGAUAAACUUGAACAAAAGGAUGACCAAAAUGAAAUUAAAAUAUUAAGAUCAUUACUAUAUUUAUGUCAAGGAAAUUUUGAUGAGUGCAGAACUUCUAAUGAUUUAGUUGCCUCACUAAAGUACAAUAGUGUUUUACUAUAUAAAAGAGGGCUAUUUUGCUCAUUGAUUAAAAUUCUCUUCUAUGAAAUCCAAAAAGAUCCCAAAUACUUUGACAAUGAUUGUCACUUGGAAACAAACCAGUAUCUUAGAAUUGUGCUAUCAAUUCUUUAUUCUAUUUUGGAAACCUUGAGAAGCAUAGAUAAUAAUGAUACAGAAUAUAUUGACCAACGCAAAAAUUUUUUAGAAAAUAUUAUAAAUAACCAUAUUUCUGAUAAUGAAAACUCAUUAGUGGUCUGCUUAUUUACUUUGCUCAACAAGUUUUGCAGUAUUUCAUCACCUCAUAUCCCAGUCCGUAAAGUUUUGUUAUUACUCUGGAAAAUAAUAUUAUUUGUAACAGAUGGCACCACAAAUUACACUUCCUUAAAACGCUCCAAGGCCAUAAAAUUAGGCAUUUCCGAAAAUUAUCUCCCAUUUUGCGGUGAAUCACCCCAAAACGCCUCAAGUAUAUCCUGCCUCAUAAGUGCUUUCCAUUUCGACGGCCCUCCUUUCCCAUUUUCGUUGUUAGCCUCUCGACGGCCCCCAACCUGCCGAUUUGACAAGGUGCCUAGUAGAGGACCCCUCUCGAAAACGGCCAAGAUUGAUUCGGCAAUCGAAAAGGAUGAUAUUAUGAAUGAAAUCAACGACCAGGCCGACGCGAGCAUCGACCUAAACGCGUCACUAAGUAUCGAUUUUGACGAGCCGAGCUUUGGCUUGAAUGACAUCGACUCUGACGUUGUUAGAACUUUGACCCGUUCCAAAGUGGUGAACGUGAGCAAGGGAAAGGGAUUCGCUUUCGAAGAGGAACUCGCAAAUGAUAUCCCUAAAUUGGGGAGAGAAGGUUUCGCCUCAUCAAUGGUAAACUUUAUCGAUCUGGACAAAUCCGAUCAAACCUUUUUGAACAACAAAGGAUCGGGUAUUUUUGAUGAUAUCAAUAAUGACAACGUGGAUGAUGAAAGUAUCGACGAAUCGAACGAAGACGAGAUGACAAUCAUAUUGGAUGAAAAGGAGCCAUUGAUAGCAGCUAACCAACCUAAAGACUCUAUAGAAAACGCAUUUAAUCUGUCAAAGCAAAUCGAAUCGGGUACACCCUUUCACUUUACCCGCAAAACUGAUGAUUUACCCUACACACCUCAUAAUAUCAGUCAAUUACACGUUCUCGAUGACGCCGCGAAACACUCGGAGAUCCAAAUCCCUGAUUUAGCGUCCUUGAAUGACAAAAAAUUGCCCUGGAAAUCUAAAGUCAGGAAUAGCGAUAUUUUGGAGUUCUUAAAUAAAUCCAGACACAAAUUUUUGGGCUUCACUUUACCGAACGAUUCAACUACUUUGACCGGAUUACCCAGGCCUAUACACGAGAGUUAUCAAACACUCAAAAAUCAUUUAUACAUCCCUAUAUCUGAAAUCGAGAUUGAAUUGGAAAACAAACGUUCCUUGUAUCCUUACACUUUUAAGGAAAAACUUGUACCGCAGACAAUCGCCGAAAUGAUGUACGAGAGUCUUUUGCCGAAUAUGACAGCUUAUUUGGUGAGUUUAUUAAAAAUUUUGCUGGCGGCAUCACCCACCUCCAAGGCUAAAACUGAAUCUAUCAAUAUAAAAAAUGACGUUUUGCCUAAAGAGAUAAACGCUAAGUCUCAGAAUGAAUUGCUUUUAUUGGAGUCCGAUAUCAAGAGGCACAAAUCGAUAGUAGCGAAGACAGUUAGCGGAAUACUGUUUCUUUUGUUGAAGCACUUCAAAGUCAACCACAUUUAUCAGUUUGAAUACUGUUGUCAGUUAUUAUCAAGUGCCAAUUGCGUGCCUUUAAUUCUGAAAUACUUUAAUCAAGACAUACAUCAACACAUAACUAUCGACAAGGACCACCCAUAUAUGAAGUUUCCUAAUUACGUGCUGAAUAAUUCAUGCGAUAGAAACAGCUUGCGAGAAUUUCUAGAUAGUAUCGAAGACAUGUCAUCCAUGCCAAUUUAUCAUAACAAAGCUCAAUCUUAUAGCAAAGGCGAAUAUAGUUGGGCUAAUUUGUUUACUUGUAUCAACUUGGCACGAAUUUUGAAUAUGCUGAUCAAGGGAAAACAGACUCGUAUAAUGAUGUUAGUGGUAUUUGGUUCCGCCCCGAUCCUUAGAAAAGCGCUCAAGGUCAAAGAAAUAACUCUACAGUAUUACUUGCUAAAACUGCUCAAAUUGCAAAUGAAAUAUUUAGGGAGACAAUGGAGGAAAAAUAAUAUGAGGAUCGUGAGCGCGAUUUAUCAAUGCGUGAGGCAUCACCUCAACGACGAUUGGGCUUAUGGCAAUUAUAACGAGAUUAAACCUCGGGAUUUCCAUUCGGACGAAGCUCCAUUGAAAGUUGUUAUCGAAAAAUUUCAUCUCAGAAGGUACCCCUAUCUUUUCGAUUCCGAUAACACUAGCAAUAAGCCCAUUUUUAACAUAAAAAAUGGGUUGAAUGACAAAGAACACGCGAACGAUAACAGGGAGCACAUUUCUAAAUUGGUAAACGAGCAUUGCGGCGAAAUGAGGAUCAACACUGACGAUAAAAGUCAAAUCGUGCUGAAUAACUUAUCGGAACUUAUAAAUAAGAUGAAGGUAAAUAAGGAUGUUGUACUCACUAACCCCCAAGCUAGCUAUAUCAAAGGAUCUCAUAGAUACGAUGACGAUGCCGUAAACAUUUUCGACACUUUGAAAGCCGUCGAAGAUAUAGAACUAACCUCCAAUUUCAAGAAAAAUUACGAAAAAUGGUUGGAAAGGGAGGUAUUUGGCAUGAGAAUAGAAUGGGACAAACUUUUGGAUGAUAACUAAUCUUCCUUACAACGAAAAUAUAUAAUCCUUUAUAUAAAAUUAUCACUGUAUUUUUAAAGAUUUACAAUUGUGGUUCAUAUAAAAUUGCCUAUUCUUCGUCCUAAUAACUUUAUAAAUAACGAUACUUUU